CCUCAGCCCCUCAUGACCCGGAGGGCUUUAGGACCCAGCUGCGGGCAUCCCGGAAGGGGAAGGGGCAGGGCCACUCUGCGCGCGCCACGGCCUGGAGCAUUUGAAGCGCGCGCAGGCGCGAGUGGCGGCGGAGGAGCGGGGUCCCCGGCGGCUGCGUGUUCUGGGGGCUUCAGAGGAAGUGUAAUGUCUCAGGAAGGCAGUUACGGGAGGUGGACGAUAUCCAGUAGUGAUGAAAGCGAGGAGGAAAAGCCAAGACCGGACGAGCCAUCUACCUCUUUUCUCCCGCACGCUGAGCAGGGAGCAGCCAGUGAGGCAAAGUACACCUGUUCCGAGGCUCGGAAAGCUGCCCACAGGAGGAAGAUCGCACCCGUGAAAUUCAGCAACGCAGAGUCCGUUUCAGAAGCUUCACCUCCCAAAAGGCAGAAGGGCGGUUCCCAGGAAGACCUGGGCUGGCAUCUCUCCAGCAGUGAGGAUGAGCUGCCACCAGAGACGCAGCAGCAGCGGGCUAAGGACACGGGAGUCAAAGAGGAGAAAGGCCUCCCUUCUCCCAGAGAUGGUGCUGUCGCGGGAGCUGGGCAUCACAGCCCCUCGGCCGGCCACGGGCUUGAAACGUCAGGGGAAGGCCAGGACAUCUGGGACAUGCUGGAUAAAGGGAACCCCUUCCAAUUUUACCUCACUAGAGUCUCCAGAAUUAAGCCAAAGUAUAACUCGGAAGCCCUCCACAUAAGGGAUAUUUUAUCUCCUCUAUUUGGGACACUUGUUUCUUCAGCUCAGUUUAACUACUGCUUUGAUGUGGACUGGCUCGUAAAACAGUAUCCACCAGAGUUCAGGAAGAAACCAGUCCUGCUCGUGCAUGGCGACAAACGCGAAGCAAAGGCUCACCUACAUGCCCAGGCAAAGCCUUAUGAAAACAUUGCCCUCUGCCAGGCAAAGUUGGAUAUUGCAUUUGGAACACACCACACGAAAAUGAUGCUACUGCUGUACGAAGAAGGCCUCCGGGUUGUCAUACACACCUCCAACCUCAUUCACGCUGACUGGCACCAGAAGACACAAGGAAUAUGGUUGAGCCCCUUGUACCCACGAAUAGUCCAUGGGACCCACAGAUCUGGAGAAUCAACCACACACUUUAAAGCUGACCUCAUCAGCUACUUGAUGGCUUAUAACGCCGCUCCCCUCAAGGAGUGGAUAGAUACCAUCCAGGAGCACGACCUCUCAGAAACAAAUGUUUACCUUAUUGGCUCAACCCCGGGACGUUUUCAAGGAAAUCAAAAAGAUAACUGGGGACAUUUUAGGCUUAGGAAGCUUCUGAAAGAGCAUGCCUCAUCCAUACCUAAAGCAGAGUCCUGGCCUAUAGUAGGUCAGUUCUCAAGCAUUGGCUCCAUGGGGGCCGAUGAAUCAAAAUGGUUGUGUUCUGAGUUUAAAGAGAGCUUGGUGACACCGGGCAAGGAAAGCAGGACCCCAGGAAGUGCUGUUCCUCUCCAUCUGAUAUAUCCUUCAGUGGAAAACGUGCGAACCAGCUUAGAAGGAUAUCCAGCUGGGGGCUCUCUUCCCUAUAGCAUCCAGACGGCGGAGAAACAGAAUUGGCUCCAUUCCUAUUUUCACAAAUGGUCAGCCGACACGUCAGGCCGCAGCAAUGCCAUGCCACAUAUUAAGACAUAUAUGAGACCCUCUCCAGACUUCAGUCAACUUGCGUGGUUCCUUGUCACAAGCGCCAAUCUGUCCAAGGCCGCCUGGGGAGCGUUAGAGAAGAACGGCGCCCAGCUGAUGAUCCGCUCCUAUGAGCUCGGCGUCCUUUUCCUCCCAUCAGCAUUUGGCCUGGACAGUUUCAGAGUGAAACAGAAAUUCUUCUCAAGGAGCCAGGAGCCAACGGCCUCCUUUCCUGUGCCGUAUGACCUGCCUCCAGAACUGUAUGGAAGUAAAGAUCGGCCCUGGAUUUGGAACAUUCCUUAUGUCAAAGCACCAGAUACACACGGGAACAUGUGGGUUCCCUCUUGAGAGCAGUAAAGUACUGUGAAGUUGACGUGUAAGGCAUUGAACCCCAAACAUUGGAUGUUCUUGUUUGCACUGGGUGUUCACUAUUCUUAAUGUUUUAUCUGCCCCCCCUACAAAACUCUUUGCAAAGGUCGAGCUUUCAAACACAGAUGUUGGUUAUCCUUUUAAUGGCCAUUGUUAACAUUCUCACUUUAAAAAAUUAUAUAUUUUCUUAAUUCCCUUUUCUAUGCUUUGGAAUGAAAGCUAUUAAACUUCACCACAUUAAAAGAAUGUAUAGGUGUAAAAUGAUCUUCCUAGUGAUGAGGACUUCCACGGCGGCAUCAGCGCUUGUGAAUUGAAGGUUGACUUGUGUCGGUUGUGCUCUGUCAGGAAAGGUGCUCUGGAUCCAGCUGAAACUUCUCAGAGCAGGAAUGUGACC